AUGGUGACAGAAGGAAUUGUGUUGGGACACAUAAUUUCUUGCCAAGGCAUUCAGGUUGACAAAGCCAAGGUGGAAGUAAUUGAGAAUUUGCCUCCACCUACCACUGUGAAGGGCAUCAGAAGUUUCUUAGGGCAUGCAGGAUUCUAUAGACGUUUCAUCAAGGAUUUUUCAAAGAUUUCAAAGCCAUUGUGUAUGUUACUUCAACAAAACCAAUCAUUUGUAUUCAAUGAAGAGUGUUUCAAUGCAUUCAUUGAUUUAAAGAAAAAACUUUCCUCAGCACCAAUUAUUGUUCCACCUAAAUGGGACGCCUCUUUCGAGUUGAUGUGUGUUGCCAAUGACUACGCAGUAGGGGAAAUGUUAGGGAAAAUAAAAGUUGACUAUGUGUCCAAAUGGGUGGAAGUCAUGGUGACACCUCGUAAUGACUCCAAGACUUGCCCAAGUUCUUACACAAAAAUAUAUGUAAACGAUUCAGAGCACCCAGAGCGAUUAUCAGCGAUGAGAUCACUCACUUUGAUAACAAAUUAA